AUGUCGCUGUACAGGUCUGCAGGAGCCUCCACUUCCACGCCGCCGUCAGCACUAACGGAAUUCGACAUAUUGAAGGAGAGGCACAAGUUCUUACGUGAUAACACUGAAGAAAAUGAACGGACCUGGGAAGAUAAGCUUGCGCGGAAGUAUUAUGAGAGCCUCUAUCGAGAGUAUGCGGUCUGCGACCUGAAACAUUACAAGUCUGGGAAUUUCUCCCUCCGUUGGCGGACGGAAGAGGAAGUCAUCUCUGGCGCAGGUGAAAGCACCUGUGGCAACACGCGCUGUCCGCUUCACCUGCCGCGUAACAUCGACCCCGACGACCCGUGCCCGCCGCUGAAGACGCUCGAACUCCCUUUCUCGUAUGCUGAGGACGAUCAGAGCAAGUCUGCGCUCGUGAAAGUUGUGCUAUGCGACAAGUGCUGCAAGAACUCUGGUUGGAGGCGGAUAAUAGAGGGGAUGCCUCGCUAG